AUGACGCCAGCGUGGAACUCUGGGGUGUAUGCAGCCCGGCGGCGGUUUGAGGAUGAGGAAGACACCACCAGGACUAGCGUCUUUGUGUACACCAACAGCAACAACACGAGGGACCCCUUUGAAGGUCCCAACUACCACAUUGCGCCCCGCUGGGCCUACAAUGUCACCAGCCUCUGGAUGAUCUUCGUUGUAAUUGCAUCCGUCUUCACCAAUGGGCUGGUGCUGGUGGCCACCAUGAAGUUCAAGAAGCUGCGACACCCCUUGAACUGGAUCCUGGUGAACUUGGCCGUUGCCGACCUGGGGGAGACCCUCAUUGCCAGCACUAUCAGCGUCAUCAACCAGAUCUUCGGCUACUUCAUCCUGGGCCACCCCAUGUGUGUACUGGAAGGUUACACGGUGUCACUCUGUGGUAUCACAGGCCUCUGGUCACUGUCCAUCAUAUCCUGGGAGAGAUGGAUUGUGGUAUGCAAACCUUUUGGCAAUGUGAAAUUUGAUGCCAAACUGGCCAUGGUCGGCAUUGUGUUCUCCUGGGUCUGGGCUGCUGUCUGGACUGCCCCUCCCAUCUUUGGUUGGAGCAGGUACUGGCCUCAUGGCCUGAAGACGUCUUGUGGUCCCGAUGUGUUCAGUGGCAGCUCGGACCCUGGGGUGCAGUCCUACAUGAUUGUCCUCAUGUCUACGUGUUGCAUCCUUCCUCUGAGCAUCAUUGUCCUCUGCUACCUUCAAGUGUGGUUGGCCAUCCGAGCGGUAGCCAAGCAGCAGAAAGAGUCCGAGUCCACCCAGAAGGCCGAGAAGGAAGUGUCCCGCAUGGUGGUGGUCAUGAUCUUGGCAUACUGUUUUUGCUGGGGACCCUACACCAUCUUUGCCUGCUUUGCAGCAGCCAACCCUGGCUACGCCUUUCAUCCCUUGGCGGCGGCCCUGCCUGCUUACUUUGCCAAGAGCGCCACCAUCUACAACCCGAUCAUCUACGUCUUCAUGAACAGGCAGUUUCGUAACUGCAUCAUGCAGCUUUUUGGGAAGAAGGUGGAUGAUGGUUCAGAACUCUCCAGCACCUCCAGGACAGAGGUCUCUUCUGUCUCCUCUGUAUCACCUGCCUAA